AUGCAAUUUUUAAGCGACUUAACUGGGAUCGAUCACCUGACGCGGGUCAAUUGUGUAUUUUGGCAAAAUGACACCGAAAAUGAAAAAAAGUGGCAUCCGAUUGCGGCAACCAAUCCAUCCGUGGUCUUCUCAACCAACAUUGAUUUUGACGACAAAAUCUCCUUCAAAUAUGUCUUCGAAAGGCCACAACUCAUCAAAAUUGAUCUGUGUCGCCUUCACGAUGGCAUUACGGCAUCCGGUUCGGAUGAUGUUGUCGGAAGUUGUAUUUUUAAGGUGGACGAGUUGAUUGGAUCCUUCGGUUUGCAGCUACGACGAUCGCUCUACAAGUCGCCGACGAUAGCUCAAGUACUGCAGUCCAAUCGGCAUAGCCUUCAAAUGAUCGGCACUCAAAUGCCUGAGAAAGAGCAGCCAAUCAUUGUUCAACUACAUGGAAGAUCUUUGGACAGGAAGGAUCUCAUCUGGGACGAAACGGCAGUUUUCUUCCGUGUUUUCCGUUUGGAAGAAGGCAAAGACGAGGACGAAUUGGUGUUACUUUACGAAAGCGAAGCCAUAAAAAACCACUCCCAUCCUCAGUGGGCUGAAUUUCGACUCGGAACGCAGGACGCAGCAGACAACAGGAAUAGGUUAUUAGAAGUGUGGGUGAUGUACAGGGAUGUCGACAACUCGGAAGGAUUCAUUGGAAAGUUCCUAACCACCUACGCAAAAAUGAAGUACGGUCCGGGUCCCGAUAAUGUCUAUGCUGUGAUAAACGAAACGAAGCAGCAACAAAAGAAGAACUAUGAGAACAGCGGACGAAUGGAAUUGGUGAAGUUCACUGACGUUUCCUUCUUCUCCUUUCUCGACUACAUCGUUAGUGGGACUCAACUGCACUACGAGGUUGCGGUCGAUUUUUCCUCUGAAACGUUACCGAGCAAGUCCGAACAGAGCCGUUUUGAGGCAGAAGUGCAUCUAGCCAUACGUGCCAUCGGAGGCAUUCUCAGAGACUAUACACCGAACCGAAUGUUCGCUGCUUUCGGGACGGGUGCCAAAAUACCACCAACAUUCCAAGAAUCUCAUGAAUUUCAUUUGAACUUCAACGUUGACCCUAUCUGCCUCGGUUUGGAUGGUGUCAUAGAGGCAUUUCGCAAGGCUCACUCAAUGGUAUCACCUACAAGGACGGCGAAAUUUGCUUCGGUUGUUUCUCAUGCCAUCAGAAUGUCUCAUCGCUCUGGUUUUCGGGGCCUACAUUAUCAUGUGCUGGCAAUUUUUACACGUGGAGUACCGACGGACAUAAAGGAGCUGAGCAACGCCAUAAUAGCCGCAAGCGAUGCGCCCUUAUCUGUGAUCAUUAUCGGAAUAGGAAAGAAUGAUUUCUCAAGUUUGGUGAAAUUGGCAGCAAAGAGAAAAGAAGGAACGAGGUCAUGCCUGCAGUUCAUCGCACUGGCCGACAUCAUGGACAGCAGCGAUCUGCAAUCCGAAAUCCGAGCCCGUCUGGCUCAAAAAGCAUUGCGAGCUAUCCCCGAGCAAAUGACCGAAUUCAUGCAUUCGGCUAACAUCGCCGCAAAGCCACCGAUUCAGGUCUGCCGAUCGCCUCUUUUCCACUGCUCGUCGCUUAUUCCGGAUCGCCCAACCCAAUUCGUGUUCGACGACCAUUUGCCCACUCUACUCACACCGCAGCUGCCCAGAAACGACCGACGUGGAAGUGAUUCUCAAUACCUCGAUGUGGAGAUAGGGGCUCGAAAUUCGUUGUCCGUUCGCGUCCCUGAACGAUGCCAUUCCGUUCUGCAGACGACAAGAGAGCAGUAUCAGCGAAGACUGAAGGAACGAGGCCUAGGCAGGAUGCGAUUCCCGCGUAUCGAUUUGUCAACGUUGGAAUCGAGUGGUGGAUCAACUCAGGACAGCUCACUCUGA